AUGCGGUGUCACCUCACUACGAGGCAGCUGCAGCAGCAGCAGCAGUUGCUGCAGCAGCAGCAAAUGCUGCAGCAGCAGCAAAUGCUGCGACAGCAACAAAUAUUGCAGCAGCAACAAAUACUGCAACAGCAGCAGCAAAUGCAGCAGCAGCAGCAGCAGGGAUCACCAAUGUUUAUGCCGCUGCAGCAGCAGCAGUUUGCCGAUUGCCAUCAGCGCAUGCUGUACGAGGGGCAGCAGCAGCAGCAACAGCAGCAGCAGCAGCAGCAGCUGUGCAGCAGCGCCUCAGGGACCAUUUUGCUGCCUCGCUCUCCCCGUGUUGGAGGCUUAGGCUGGCAGGAGAAGAUGCUGCUGUCCCAUCCCCCUGCGCAGCAGCAGUUACUGCUGCAGCAGCAGCACCAACAGCAUUUGCUGCUGCAGCAAACUCCACACAAUUAUUAUCAGCAGCAGCAACAACAACAACAGCAGCAGCAGCAGCAGCAAAUAGAGCAGCAGCAGCUCUAUCAGCAGCAAUUUCCUCAUAUGCCCGGACAUUUCCUCUACCCACAGCAACAACCUUACCUGCAGCAGCAGCAGCAGCAGCAGCAGCAAAUGCAGCAGCAGCACAUGAGACACCGCAGCGAUUGCUUUCCUGUUGUCUCUGACAGUUAUUACGGAGAAGACAGCAGCAGCAACAGCAGCAACAACAACAACAACAACAGCAGCAGCAGCAGCAGCAGCAGCAGCUCAUUGCAACCUCUUGAAGCAAACAUGCAAGAUCUACAGCAACGCAUCGAGUCUGUUGCUGCUCGUGCUGAGGCGCUGCAGAAGAGUUUAGUAGAGGAAGAGAGGAGAGGCAGCAGCAACCCGGAGGGAUGGAGUCUGCUGCAGCAGCAGCAGCAAUUUAUUCGCCUUAUGCAGCAAGAGCAGCAGCUGCUGUUGCAGAUACAAGAACAGCAGCAGCAACAGCAGCAACAGCAGCAAGAAUGCGGAUACACCAGCGAUGUAUCAGCAGCACGCAUGAGGCCUAAGUCACAAACAGGUAGGCCCAUAGGGCCUGGUGGGAGACUAUCGCCGCUGCGAAGUAACUCAGCUGUAUGCUGCAGCAGCAGCAACAGCAGCAGCAGCAGCAGCAGCAGUGUUGCAGCAAACUCUGCAGCAGCAGCAAGAACAAAUGCUGCUGCUGAAAGAAAGUCGUUGUUUCACGCAAGCAGGAAGAACCGCAGCAGCAGCAGCGGAAACAGCAGCAGCAGCAGCAGCAGCAGCAACAGCAGCAGCAGCGCAGCAGUAUCGGAUGACCUUUCUGAUGUGGGGCCUCAAGGAAGUCCUAAGCAGCAGCAACCGCAGCAGCAGCAGCAGCAGAAGCAGCAGCACAUGCUGCAGGAGGAAGAACCGCUGCAUCAAUUACGAAGUAGGCAGCAGCCGUCUCUGCGGCGACAGCAGCAGCAGCAGCAGCAGCAGCAGCAACUGCGUUCCCUCUCAAGCACUUGGGGUGUACCGACAGCUUCCCAAAAGAAUUCUACUGCUGCUGCUGCGUCCCAGCAGCAGCAGCAGCAGCAGCGACGGGGAGCACUUGGUAGGAACCGGGUCCCCGGUGCUAAUAGUGCUGCUGCUGCUGCUGCACCUGCUAAUGCUGCUGCUGGUGCUGCUGCUGCUGCUCCUCCUCUGACUCGGUGUGUCUCACGGAAGAUUGCUGGCAGCAGGAGGCCUCUCCCUAGGACAGCAGCAGCAGCAGGAUCUGCUGCUGCUCUCAAUAAGACUUCCUCCUUUAGCAGCAGCAGCAGAAGCUCAAGACACGCAGCAGCAGCAACACCAUCUGCUGCUGCUGCUGCUGCUCGUCCUGUGAGCACCACGAACCGCAGCAGCGCCUUGACCCAAGGAACUACAGACAGCAUGCGACCUUCUCUGCGGUGUAUGAGCAGCAGCAGCAGCAGCAGGGUGCAGCACGAUGCAGCAUUAGCAUCAGCAUCAGCUGCAGUACCAGCAAGCAGCAGCAGAAGCAGCAGCAACAGCAGCAACAGCAGCAACAUCAGCAGCAGCGACCCUGGAGAUGCUGCUCAAGAUAUGGGGGAAGCAGCGAAUCUAUGGGCAACCAGACCGUUAGCAGCAGCAGCAGCAGCAGAUGCAGAUGCAGCAGCAGCAGAUGCAGAUACAGCACCAGCAUCAGCAGCAGAAUCGGAGGAGGAGUGCAGCAGCAGCGCUGCAGAAGAGGAGGAUAUCCCCACCCUCAGCAGCCAGCAGCAGCAGCAGCAGCAGCAGCAGCAGCAGCACAUGCGUCUUUACAGUGAUGAAUGUGAUGUAUCUCCUUGCAGCAGCAGCAGCAGCAGCAGCAGCAUCUUAGGGGUUCUUCGAGGCAGCUUGUCUCCUGUUGUUGCCCAACGAAGCAGUAGCAGCAGCAGCAGCAGCAGCCUCAGCAGCAGCAGCACGGCUACCCUUAUGCGCAGCAACAGCUCCUCGAGGUUUUAUAUACGCAGAUCUGCUGCUGCUGCAGUGCAGCAGCAGCAGCUUCCCUGCCGCAGCACUAUGGCUGCCUCUGUCUCCUUUGAGCUCGUUUCUGCUGCUGCAUCUGCAGCAGCAGCAGCAGCAGCACCUGCUGCUGCUGUAGAGGCUGGUAACCCAGAGGCAGAUGAGUCUUCUUCCCCUAUCUCCUUUGCUGCUGCUGCUGCUGCAAGGGGACAGCAGCACGAAAGAGAGAUAUAUAUGCUGCAGCAGCGCAAGAUGCAGCUGCAGCUAGCACUGCAGCAGCAGCAGCAAAUACAACAGCAACAGCUACAGCAGCAGCAAGAGCAGCAGCAGCAGCACAUAGACCGCAGCUGCCUGUCUACCAUCAACCCUGAAUGCGACGUUGCUGCUGCUGCUUCUGCUGCUGCUGCUGCUGCUGAAACGCAAGCAGCAGCUGCAGCUCAACAAGAACUAAUAAACACCAGUAAAGCGCAGCAGCAAAUGGAGCAGCAGCAGCAGCAGCCGUUGCAGCAGCAACUCUCUGAUGAGGCGCUUAGCGCAUCUACAGAGGCCCCAAGGCGCAGCAGCAGCAGCAGCAGCAGCGACAGCAGCAGCGGCAGCAGCAGCGGCAGUCACUCCCCUAUGCUGGAGACUUCUCUGUCACAAGAACUUAGUUCUUGUGUACCUGCUGCUGCAGCAAAUGAACUUCAGCAGCAGCAGCAGCAGCAGCAGCCGCAACAGCAGCAGCCGCAGCAGGAGCCGCAAGUACUUGAACUGCAGCAAGGGCACGUCCACCAGCAGCAAGUGCAGCAGCAGCAGCUGCUGCUGCAACAAGAGCACCUGCAGCAGCAGCAACUCAUUGAGCAACAGCAACGGCAGCAGCUGCUGCUGCACUCGCAGAUGCAGCAACAGCAGCUUCAGCAACAACAACAGCAGCUGCUGCAGCAAGAACAGCAGCAGCAGCAACAUAUGCUGCAGCAAAGUCACAAGGAAGGACUGCUGCAGCCGCAGCAGCCGCAGCAGCAACAACUGGAGCAUCAACGACAGCAGCAGCAACUGCAACAGCAGCAAAUGCUGCAGCAGCAGCAGAUGCAGCAGCAGAUGCAGCAGCAGCUACAGCUACAGAGGCAGCAGCAGCUGCAUGCACAGGAGCAGCAUGCACAGCAGCAGCAUGAACAGCAGCAGCAGCAGCUAGAGCAGUAUCGACUACAGCAGCAGCAGCAGCGAGAGCAACACCUCCUGCAGCAGCAGCAGCAGCAGCUAGAGCAGCAUCGGGUAAAGCAGCAGCAGCUUGAGCAGCACCGACUGCAGCAGCAGCAGCUAGAGCAGCACCGACUACAGCAGCAGCAGCUUGAGCAGCAUCGACUACAGCAGCAGCAGCUAGAGCAGCAUCGAUUGCAGCAGCAGCAGCUAGAGCAGCAUCGAUUGCAGCAGGAGCAGCUAGAGCAGCAUCGAUUGCAGCAGGAGCAGCUAGAGCAGCAUCGCUUGCAGCAACAGCAGCAGCAGCAGCAGCAGCAGCAGCGACUGCAGCAGCAGCAGAUGGAGCAGUAUCGAUUGCACCAGCAGCAGCAACAACAAUUACAGCAACAACAGCUCGAGCAGCAGCAGCAGGAGCAUCAGCAGAACCUGGAAAAGCAGCAGAAGCAGCAGCAGCAGCAGAAGAAGAAGCAGCAGAAGCAGCAAAGGAAGCAGGUGCAGCAGCAGCAAGAACUUCGUUUAUUGCUGCAGGAUUUAACAGAACCUGCAGAGGAGAUGAUUAUAACAUCUACAGGAGAAUCCAACGGUGCAGAGACUCGGCCUUGGCUAAAGGGUUUAACUUUAGAUGAAUAUCUUCUUGAUAUUAUGCAACGCGGAAUGGUACCUCUAUCUCGAUUUACGGUAGGAGGAGAAGAAGAUUUUAAUAAUUUUAUAAUUCGUCAUAUAAAAGAGAGACAAGAGAUAGAAGAAGAAGAGAUGCAAAGAAAUAUAAGGAGACACCCCCAGCAGCAACAACUUCAUCAGCAACACCAACACCAACAGCAACAGCAGCAGCAAAUGCUCAUUAUGAUGCAGCAGAGAGAACAAAUGUUGCACCAACAGCAGCAGCAGCAACUGCAGCAACAACAAGAACAGCAGCAGCAGCAGCAGCAGCAAAAGAAUGGAACAAGAGGCUGGCUUGCUGGUGUCCUUAGCUGGAUGGGAGGGGGAUCCUCUGCCAAGCAGAAGCAGCAAGAGCAGCAGCAGCAGCAGCAGCAGCAGCAGCAGCAGCAGCAGCAAGCGAUGGCGAGACAGCAGCAGCAGCAGCAACAGCAGCAGCAGCACCAUUUAGCACUGCAAAUGCAACACCUGCACCUCCAGGGUCAGCAGCAGCAGCCAAGACACGCAAGCCAGCUGCCAGCACAACACAUCUUCCUGCAGCAGCAGCAGCAGCAGCAGCAGCAAUUGCAGCAGCAGCAGCAGCACCUGCAGCAACAGCAGCAACAUAUGCUGCGACCUUCUGCUUCUUUACCGUCGCUGCACGUUGCAGCACCAAUGAGGCUUUAA